AUGAAGAAACAAAGAUCUGGACCAUCUGGUUACUUCCCAGAUGAUUGCUGGGAACUUGUAUUCCAGAAACUCAGAGAAGACGAUGAGUGUGACUUGGAUUCGAUAUCUUUGGUCUCUAAGCGGUUCUUUUCACUAUCCAAUCGGGUGAAGCAUUGCUUGACCGUAUACGACGAGACAAUCCCUCUACUCCCGAAUCUUCUUCGAAGAUUUCGACACAUCGAAACAAUAGUCUUUGACACUUUUGCCCACAAGGACAUAGAUGGACUCGUUGAUCAGAUUUCACUGUCUGGUGUAUUGAAUCUCCAAGCUAUCAAGUUUUGGUGUAUAAGUGUACCUCCGCGAGAUGGUUUUAAGGCACUGGCGUCGAAUAAGAAUAUACAGAACAAUCUUAAGGUAUUGGAUUGCUAUGGACUGAGAUCUAUCCAAGACAACGAUUUGGUUUUGAUAGCGGAUUAA